AGAUGGCUCUUUCUUCCGUCGUCCCCAUUGAGGAGCGUCCCAACAAGGACAUCCUCGUUCUUUUCGAUGUCGACGGCACCUUGACCCCGGCGCGUCAAGACGCUACCCCAGAGACGCUUCAGCUUCUCCAGGACCUCCGUAAGAAGGUCGUCAUUGGUUUCGUCGGAGGAAGUGAUCUCCCGAAGCAGCAGGAGCAAUUGGGAGCGGCAGACGUGAACGUCGUUGACAUGUUUGACUACGCCUUCGCCGAGAAUGGUCUUACCGCAUACCAUAUGAGCAAGCAGCUCGCUUCCCAGUCCUUCAUCAACUGGCUUGGUGAGGGCAAGUACAAAGACCUCGUCAACUUCAUCCUCCACUACGUCGCCGACAUGGACAUUCCCAUCAAGCGCGGUACCUUCGUCGAGUUCCGUAACGGAAUGAUCAACGUCUCCCCCAUUGGCCGUAACGCCUCCACUCAGGAGCGUAACGACUUCGAGAAGUUCGACAAGGAGACUCAGGUCCGUGCCAAGUUCGUUGAGAAGCUAAAGGAGCGCUUCGCCGAUUACGGCCUCACCUACUCCAUCGGAGGUCAGAUUUCUUUCGAUGUCUUCCCCGCUGGCUGGGAUAAGACUUACUGCUUGCAGCACGUGCAGGACGCGGGCUUCAAGGAGAUCCACUUCUUCGGAGACAAGACCUACAAGGGAGGAAACGACUACGAGAUUUACGAGGAUGACAGAACUAUCGGCCACACUGUGGAGAGCCCUGCUGAUACUGCGAAGAUUUUGAAGGAGUUGUUUAAGAUCUAAGUUGGAAGAAUGCAUGAUUGGGUUCAAGAUAUAGAGCAUAAUGACCC